AUGGCGGGCUCAAUCAUUGCGUCUCCGGCGCCGUACCACAUCAUUGCCUACGGCACUCUUGUUGGCACAUCGUUUUUCCACACCUUUGUAAACAGCCCCAUCAUCUUCAAAACGGCCGAGCGGCCCGUCUUCUCUGCAAUUCAAUCCAACACGUUCCCCGUCUACUUUGGCCUGCAAGCCGCGCUUCCCGCUAUCCUGGCGCUCACUUUCCCUGGAAGCAGCCUUCUCGCUACGCCCAGCGGUAUAUCCACGCUUUUCCAUGAGUCCAACAGAUGGGGAUCGCUGGUCCCCAUCGCCAGCAUGUUCGUCUCGGCCGCGCUGAACCUUCUCGUACUGCUGCCGGCCUCAAAGAAGGUGAUGAAGCUGCGCCAGGGUCAAGCCAAGCGCGACGGCAAGCAGUACUACGAAGAGGGUCCCCAUUCGGACGAGAUGCGCGCCCUCAGCAAGCGUUUCGGCGUGCUCCACGGCAUUUCAUCUCUGUUGAACGUUGGCGUUCUUGUUGGUGCCGUUGCAUAUGGUUUCACACUCGGUGCUCGUCUCUAG